GUUCACACCAUAUUUUAAAGACUAAAAUUUAGCUCUGCCCCUGUUCACACCAUAUUUUAAAGACUCAUCUACCAUUACCUAUUACUCCCACCACCACCAUUUCUCAUAUUUUGCUUUGAUAUAUCAUGGCUGGAAAUGAUGUGAAAAUAUUAGGAGCAUGGCCUAGUCCAUAUGUUAUGAGGCCCCGUAUUGCUCUUAACAUCAAAUCUGUGGCCUAUGAUUUUUUGGAGGAACAGUUUGGUUCUAAAAGUGAACUUCUUCUUAAAUCAAACCCAGUUUACAAGAAAAUCCCAGUUCUAAUUCAUGACGGAAAUCCCAUUUCUGAAUCUCUCAUUAUUGUUCAGUAUAUUGAUCAAGUUUGGAAUUCUGGUCCCUCUAUUCUCCCCUCUGAUCCUUAUGAUCGUGCUAUUGCCCGAUUUUGGGCCACUUAUAUCGACGAUAAGUGGUUUCCAGCAAUGCGUGGCAUUGCAGCCGCCCAAGGGGAGGAUGCGAAAAAGGCAGCAAUGGAGCCGGUAGUCGAGGGGCUGGUGUUAUUGGAAGAUGCCUUCAAUAAUUGCAGCAAAGGCAAGAAGUUCUUUGGUGGGGACAAAAUCGGAUACUUGGACAUUGCACUUGGCUGCUUUUUGGGUUGGAUCAGGGUGACUGAGAAGUUGAACAAUGUAAAACUGCUUGAUGAAGCCAAGACUCCAGGUUUAUACAAAUGGGCUGAAGAAUUUUGUGCAGAUAGUGCUGUCAAAGAUGUCAUGCCUGCAACUGAUAAGCUUGCUGAAGCUGCUAAGGUCAUUAUGGCCAAAAUUAGAGCCCAAGCAUCUAGCUAAAUCCGUACCGUCUUCUUCUUACAAGAUGUAUUUAGACUUUCAAGUCUUGGUAACUAUUUUCAAUCUCUAGCUAAGAGGAUAUAUUAUGAGAACAACAUUUUGAUAUUUGAAGGAGCCUAAAAUAUGUAAUAAAUUAACUAUUCAGAAAUGAGUGCUUGAAGCCAAGAACUAGUGUGUGUUGAUUAAUUCUAACUGGUGCCUAUUUGAUGUUUGUUUCA